AUGAGCUCCCAGUUAGACUUCGAUUUGGAACUGGUCAGCUCUGAGGAACAAGUGCUCAGAGCCCUUGGAAGUCAGCCCUCGGGCGAGCUUGGGGACAAAACCGACCAGAUGCCCCCAUAUGAACUGGAUCAAGAAAGGGGAGUCUCAGGACCAGAAAAGGGUGAAAGGAGACCCAAAAAAAGAGUAUCCUACUUCACCGAGGAAAAAGCGAAAGAAUUCCAGUCCAGAGUGAGCGCCCUGAAGGGCUCACUGGUGUCCGCCACCUAUGAGAACAUUUUGUUUCAAAAGGACGUCAGUGCCAGCGUGUACCCCUUGACCAUGACUUGGAAGUACGGGUGGAACAGCUCCCUCCCGGUUUUCUACAUCCAAGACAAGAAGCAGAGGGUCCUCCUGUACGCCAGCGCCCACACGGCCGUCAUCUACAGCGUCCUCAGGAACGACCAGCGUCACCUCCAGGGCCACCCCAACGUGAUCUCCUGCCUCUGUGUCAGCGAGGACAGGCGGUGGAUCGCCACGGCUGACAAAGGGCCCAACUGCCUGAUAAUUAUAUGGGACUCCUUCACGGGGAUUCCCGUGCACACAAUAUUCGACAGCUGCCCGGAAGGUAACGGCAUCAGGGCCAUAGCCAUCACCCGCGAUGCCAAGUACUUGGCAACCAUCUCAGAUGCUGAAAUCCAGAAGGUUUGCAUCUGGAGGUGGACUUUGGCCGCAGAAACACCGGCGUGCACCCUGGACCUCCCCAAAGAGUACGGCUUCCAGAACUACCUUAUUUUUAAUCCAACAAAUAAUAAAGAAUUGGUGAGCAAUAGUAAAACACAGAUAAUAUAUUAUUUGUGGAAUGAAGAGAGAGAUAUACUUACUCACAGCGCCCCAUUCUUAACAGAAAAAACAUUCAACAAGCUGGUGGGAAAGUUCAGCCAGUCCGUCUUCCACCUGAAUUUAACACAAAUGCUCUCGGCCACCACGGAAGGGAAGCUGGUUGUCUGGGAUGUGUGCCGCCCGCCGGCCGCGGCCUCCGCUUCUCCGGCCCUGCCCUUUAUCAGACCUUGUAAACUGGUCCAUUUGCAGAAAGAGGGCAUCACCGUGCUUACUACAGUUGACAGCUAUAUUGUCACAGGUGACAUCAAGGGCAACAUUAAGUUCUACGAUCACACCCUGUCUAUCGUUAACUGGUUCAGCCACUUCAAACUGAGCUCCAUAAGAACGCUGUCUUUCUCCAAGACCCCGGCCUCCGCCCCCACCGAAAAGUCAAACUACCCUUCGGACUGCACUCUGAAAGGUGACCUUUUUAUCGUAAGGAAUUUUAUCAUCGGAACGUCCGAUGCCGUCGUGUACCACCUGAAGGCGGACGAGACCAAGCUCGAGAAGCUGCUCAUAGAGCCCAGGGAGGCCAUCUGCGCCAUCGCCUGCCACCCCUACCAGCCCUUCAUCGCCAUCGGGAGCGUCUGUGGGAUGAUCAAAGUGUGGGAUUAUGAAAAGAAGGAAUACCUUUUCAGCAGGGUCUUCGAGAAGGGGCUCGGCAUCCAGAGCCUGACCUACAACCCCGAAGGGGCCCUUCUUGGAGCCGGCUUCACAGAGGGGACUGUUCACAUUCUUGAUGCGAUGUCCUUAGAAAACGGAAUCCCGGAGCCUUUCAAAUAUUCCAGGACCAGCGUGACUCACAUAAGCUUCUCCCACGACUCCAUGUACAUGGCAACCGCUGAUGCAAAUUUCACUGUGGCCGUUUUCAUGGUCAAGGUCAGAAACGGGCAAAGGGUCUGGGAGUACUUGGCAAGACUUCGUUCUCAUCGCAAAAGCAUCCGGAGUCUCCUGUUCGGGGUUCAUCUGGACAGCAACGAGCCCAGACUGCUGAGCCUCGGGCGAGACAGGCUCUUGAUUGAGUAUAACCUUCCCAAGAGCUCCAAGGACCACCUGGAAGUGCUGGACAUCCACCAAACCGACCAGGGCAACUACCCUACCUGUAUGAUCUGGUACCCGCCACUCAUCAAGGAGCUCUUCCUGCUCAUCUCCAACAGCGGCUACAAAGUGAAGCUUUUCAAUUCUACUACCAAGAUGUGCAGAAAGACGCUCCUCGGGCCCCUCUACGGGUCUCCCAUGGAGCAGGUCCAAGUGCUGCCGGUGAAGACCACCUACGAGAUGCAGAAGCGCUACCUGGUGUUCAUUAACAGAGACAAGGUUGGACUUCAGAUCUUACCCAUCGACGGCAAUCCCCAUAAGACGUCCGCUAUCGUCUGCCACCCGAACGGCACGACCGGAAUGACCCUCUCCCACGAUGGCCGCUACGUCUUCACGGCCGGAGGGCAGGACCUGUCAGUGGUGCAGUGGGAGGUCAACCUCAGUGCCCUGGAGGCAGCUGUUUCUCUUGGGGGCGAAGACCUGACCCCGUUCUAUGGCCUGGUGUCUGGUGGCAGGGAAGGAAAAUUCUACAGGGAGCUGGAAGACUAUUUUUACUACUCUCAGCUCCGCAGCCAAGGCAUCGACACCAUGGAGACCAGGAAGGCGUCGGAACACAUCUGCCUGUCGGAGAUGCCCUUCGUCAUGAGGGCCAUCGGCUUCUACCCGUCGGAGGAGAAGAUUGAAGACAUGUUUAACGAAAUCAAAUUCAGCGAGUAUGUGGACACUGGGAAGGUAUUGGACAGAAUCAACUUACCGGAUUUCCUCAAAGUUUACCUUAACCACCGGCCGCCUUUCGGGAACACCAUGGACACCAUCCAGAUGAGCUUCGACAUCCUGGGCUACACCAACGCGGAGGGAAAGAAAGCGAUUCGGAGGGAGGACCUGCUGAGGCUGCUGCUGACCAAAGGCGAGCACAUGACCGAGGAGGAGAUGUCCGACUGCUUCGCCACGCUGCUGGGCCUGAACCCCGAGGGCUGGAAGUCCGAGCCGGCCACCUACUCCGUCAAAGGCUCGGAAGUGUGCUUUGAGGAGGAACUGCCAGAGGAGAUCACCGCAGAGAUCUUCGCCACCCACAUUCUCGGCCUGACCAUCUCACCAGAUUCCAGACGAGACCCUUCGGCCACUGAGGAGAAUGUCUGAGGCGCAGAGGACUUUGUGCGU